GAAAUCACAAAUAAAAGCGUCAACAGGAAGAAAACACGGGCGUCUGCUGGCACGACCCCAACCGUCUUAACCGUGACAACAAUCUUCAAAAAGAGAAAAAAGCAAUAAGAGAACAAAACAUACUAUAACUCUAACAUAAUGAGCUCGACGGCGUCGGCACCGCUGGUGCGGUGUCUUCUCCGCGCACUCACCGAUGACGGCUACAAGAACAUCAUGGACAAACCGCCCGGGGAGUUUUCGCUGCAGUCGGAAAUCUCAAAGUUGCACCCGACGCUCAGCCUUCAUCAGGUGCUCCCCGGCACAGCGGCGUACCCGUCCCUGCGAGUGGUGGAUCUCAUUCCAGCCACACGGUGCUCCCUGAAGGCGGACGACGCCGUGACGAUGGUCGUUCUACCUCCCGUCCGCGACACUGCCGACCAACUCACCUCUGCCGACGCAGGAGAGCAGGAAGAGGCAGCUGGCACAGAGGAAGGGACGACAUGCACGAUUGCGGUGCGCCUCAACACGAGUCUCCGCGGCUCCACUGCGCUGGCCUCUCAGGGUGUUCUUGAUGCCCUCCUGAUCGAGGACGAGUGCGUUGUGAAGGUGUGCGGAAGCCAGCACGACUGCGUGUUCGUGGUGGAGAAGGUCAGCGACCCGCCGUGCGGUGCGUCUCCACACGCGUUAGAGGUGGGACCGGAGCUGUUCCGCAAUCUGCGGGCUGCGUUUUACUCUCGCGCGUCGCAAGCCAUGGCCACAGGCGACAACAACGCGAGCUACGCGGAUACAGUGAUCGACGUGCCGGCCGACGUCUUUACGCCACUGGAGGACGACGAAGGCGAGCUGCUGCUGCGCUCUUCCGCAACGGUGCGUCAUCGACUGGAGAAGAUUGUGCUCUGCCCCGCCACGGGUGACACGGCGCUGACGGAGCUGUACGGCCUGUACUACCCGGAGCUGUGUGCCAUCUUCGGCGCUGCCUCUGCCGCGGCGUGGGAAGGUCAGUUCGUCAGCACCGGCGAUGUGCUGCUGCUCGACGACACUGCUUUCACCCGCGCUGCUCACCGCCUGGAAGGCGUAGAUGUGCUGGAAACGGUGUCGCGAGUCCUGUCGCACAAGGUGCGGAGCUGGCGUGGGUCGUGGACGGACGAGAUGGGUUCGAGUCCGCAGUUGCUGGCGCUGCGGGUAGUGCGCACCGAGACGGACCGUGGCCCGGUGCCAUUUGGUGUGAUGCACACGAACAGCAGCGACGACGACCCAAAUGCGGCCGAAGUGGUGUUGGUGCACCAGCGCAACUACAAAGGCAACGACCUCACCCCUGUCUGGCCUCCAACGCCGGCGGAGGGACUUGCGGGCGUGGAGGCCUUCGCCCGUAUCCGCGACGCCCUCCGCAGCGCCAUCUCCCCCUCGCUGGACGUCCAACUCCACACCUUCGUGGUGCACGGCGUGAAGGAGAAUUUGGCACGCGAGUUAGUGGACUGCGCCGUCCAGCAAUGCGGUCUCGCGUCUGUCCUCAUCGCGGCGGAUGGCGUGGAGGAGGCGGAGUUGGAGGACGCCGUGCGGACUUUUUUAUCGGAGCGGUGCGGCGGCGCCACGGUGCUCGUCAUCCACAACGCGCACGUCAUCGCCUCCUCCUGCCCGCACCUCCUCUCGCUGCUAGACGAGCGGAUCAGCGACGAUCGCUGCGGCAGAGACGGCGCGGACCCAUCGGGGGCCCGUGUGCUGUUUCUUCUCUGUGAGUCGAUGGAGGCCGUGCCGCCGAUGAUCGCGGCUCGCGCCACCAACGCGGAGGGCGUGCUGGAAUGCGGCAAUCCGUCCGAGGAAGACCGCGCGAGUUUCAUUGCCCCGGUGCUGGAGUGGUGCUGCCAGCGCCAUCGCGUGCAAGCCAGCGUUCUGCUCACGCCGAAGACGUUCGCGGGGUGGACGGUGGGGCUGACCUACGCCGACAUCCUGUCGCUGGUGGAGGAGUGCGCCCGUGCCGCUGCGCAGGCGUUGCCCGCACUCUACAACGGCGAUACAUCUGAGGCGAGGGCGGUGGUCAGCGAUGUCUCCUGUGAGCCGAUCGUGCAGUCCUAUCUCAAGGCCCACGGCUACAACAUGGUGUCGACGAAGCUGCAGCCGGUGCGGUGGAGCGACGUCGGCGGCCUGGAGGAGGCGAAGCGCGAGCUGCGGGAGACGAUUCAGCUUCCUCUAUUGCACCCGGAGUUGUUUGAAAGCGGCAUGAAGAAGCGCACCGGUGUUCUCUUCUACGGCCCACCGGGCUGCGGCAAGACACUGCUGGCCAAGGCCGUCGCUACGGAAAUGAACAUGAACUUUAUGUCUGUCAAGGGGCCGGAGCUGAUUAACCAGUACGUGGGCGAGAGCGAGAAGAAUAUUCGGCUGCUCUUUCAGCGAGCCCGCGACAACUCCCCGUGCAUCGUGUUCUUCGACGAACUGGAUGCCCUCGCCCCGGCGCGUGGCGCAAAAGGUGACGCCGGCGGUGUGAUGGACCGCAUCGUCUCGCAGCUGAUGGUAGAGGUGGACGGCGUGGGGCAGAAGCGCUCCGACGGCACCGCGAGCGGGGACGUCUUUAUCAUUGGGGCGACGAACCGCCCCGACUUGUUAGACGCUGCGCUUCUGCGUCCUGGCCGGUUUGACCGGCUGUGCUACCUCGGAAUCCCGUCGACGCGUGCGGAGCAGCUUUUUGCCCUACGCGCCCUCACCCGCAAGUUUGACAUGCACGAUGAUGUGAGUCUCGAGGCGGUGCUGGAGCCGCUCGAUUUCGUCUACACCGGGGCGGACUUUUUUGCGCUCUGCUCCGAUGCGAUGAUGUUCGCCGUCGAAGACGCGUUGGAGGCGGUGCAGGAGCAGCUGACGGCUGCCGCGCUGGAGAGCAAGGCGGAUGACGGCGCUGCCACCGUGACCGCGGCUGAAGAGGAAGAGUCGAAGCCGAUCAAGGUGUGCAUGGAGCAUUUCCUGCGUGCCAGAUCGCAGCUGAAGCCUUCCGUCACGAAGGCCGACCUCCACAAGUACGAGGCACUGAAGAAGAAGUUUGACAAGUAA